AUGUUCUCCCCUAUGAACGGGCGCAUGUCUCCAACAUCGUCGCCAACGCGCACUCGCGUUGCGCCCCCUGGCUUCCUCGUGCCACCCAAACCCAAUGGUGCCACACCGAUCGCUCGCAUGUCGGUCCGUGAGUUGCGGGAUCAGCGUGCUCGCAAUGCAAGGAUUUUGUCACAAUCAACAGCGUCUACUUCCUCCUACGCUCAGCGCAUUGCCGCUGAGCAGGCUGCCAUUGAAUCCCGCCUCCUAGAGUUAGUGGAGGUGGAUGCCAUACAACGCAGGCUCGGGGAUGCUCAAAUCCACGAUGCAGAUGAGCCGAUGAGUGUUGACCCUCCACAACAACCGGAGUACCAUCCCAUCGACACGAAACGGAGAGUUUUGGCCAAGUUUGCGUCGCAUAUGGCGAGCCUUCAUCCACACAGCACCGGGAUGACACUGCAGGAAGCUGUGCGGAUUGAACAGGAGGCUCACGCUGCCGAUCAAAGGCGAAAACAAGAGCUAGAAGAGAAGAGACGACGCCAGGGGUAUAUAGCUAAUGGCGAGAUACUCACAAAAGAGGAGCGAGAAGCACGGAUGUGGGCGUUCAUGAAUUACAAACCCACAGAUUCCGAUUUGGAGGAUGAUGAGGAUGAUGAGGACGACGAUGACCCAUCAACGUGGUUCGAAGAUGAUCAAGACGAUGGCCGCAAAGGUCAAGAUAUUGUUGAGCCUGACGAAGAGGACUUCUCUAAUAUUAUUCGGAUUGACGAGAGCAGGAUUCCUUUCUCAAUACCACGAGAAGACUGA